GCCGGGGCGUGUGCGGCGCGGAGCUCAACUGCUUAGCCGCUGGGGGAUGAUGUAGGAGGGUUGAUUAGCUUUCCUAAUUAGCGUGAAUAAUUCGGGGCGCUGCCGGCGAAAGCGAUUGCCGGGGGCUUGCUCGGGGGCUUCUUUUUCGGUGGGUGGGAUAAUUAGUGGCCCCUUUUUUCGGGAUUAUUCUUCUUUCCUCUCCACGUCCCACCCUCCGGUUUUCACUGGUUUAGUUGGUUCCCAUAUGUAUCUUUUACACUGUGCCUGGCGGAGACGGGGAGCAUUUUAACCUCCAUCCCCAACUUUCCCACCAUCACACGCAGUGCUGCCCGGGAGGACAGAAGCAGCGGCCAGGUGUUGGUGAUUCCAGACCAGACAGUUAGGGGUUCAGUUCUCAGGAAGCAGAGACGCAAGAGGCUUAUUGGAUUGAAUCUAUUUUGCGCAGGGCGCCACAGCUCUACAUCAAUAUCCUAUCUUCUCUUGCCCACCCUCCUCUCCCCCAAGGGGGGGGGAGGAGCUGGGAAUCACUUUUAAUACCCCCACCCCUUCCCCAGCACACCUUGGUCCCUGGGGCAGACGCCAGGCAUCACCCAUUGUUGUAUUAGGAGAACAUAAUCCUCGUCGCUCCUUUCCUGGCUUUGGGGGCUCCAGCAGGACACUGUUCCCUCCCUUGGAGUGCAGAUCAGAAAGGCACUGAGAGGACUUCAUUAGCACCUUCUUCUCAGGGGACAUCAAGGAAAGAAGGUUACCUGCAAGCCUUCACUUCACUGGGAGAGCUGGGACUGAAGCACCAGCUAUUGGAGGCACUGAAAGAAGCACCAGUCUUUCACACCCCUUCAUCUCCUGCCCCCUGCUCCCCAGUCCUCUGAGUUCCGUUGAAAGGAGACCCCAGAGGUUGCAAGACUACUCUAUCAAGAUGUGCAGCUCAGUUGCUCCCAGGCUGUGGUUCUUAACAGAUCGUCGUAUCAGGGAAGACUACCCUCAGCAGGAGAUCUUGAGGGCGCUCAAGGCCAAGUGCUGUGAAGAGGAACUAGACUUUCGGGCCUUGGUGAUGGAUGAAGUGGUACUGACCAUUGAGCAUGGAAACUUGGGUCUCCGGGUAAAUGGGGAGCUCAUUACCGCCUAUCCACAGGUGGUUGUUGUACGUGUGCCAACACCCUGGGUCCAAAGUGACAGUGACAUCACAGUCCUUCGCCAUUUGGAGAAGAUGGGCUGCCGGUUGAUGAAUCGGCCCCAAGCUAUCCUCAACUGUGUCAACAAGUUCUGGACCUUCCAGGAGCUGGCUGGUCAUGGUGUGCCUCUUCCAGACACCUUCUCUUAUGGUGGUCAUGAGAACUUUGCCAAAAUGAUUGAUGAGGCGGAGGUGCUGGAGUUUCCCAUGGUGGUGAAGAACACACGGGGUCACCGAGGCAAAGCUGUAUUCCUGGCACGAGAUAAGCACCAUUUGGCAGACCUGAGCCAUUUAAUUCGUCAUGAAGCCCCUUACCUGUUCCAGAAAUAUGUCAAGGAGUCCCAUGGCAAGGAUGUGCGUGUCAUCGUGGUAGGCGGCCGUGUAGUGGGGACCAUGCUGCGCUGCUCAACAGAUGGGAGGAUGCAGAGCAACUGCUCACUUGGCGGUGUAGGGAUGAUGUGCUCACUGAGUGAACAAGGCAAGCAGCUGGCAGUCCAAGUAUCAAACAUUUUGGGGAUGGAUGUGUGUGGCAUCGACCUACUGAUGAAAGAUGAUGGCUCAUUCUACGUCUGCGAGGCCAAUGCAAAUGUAGGUUUCAUUGCCUUUGACAAGGCUUGUAAUCUAGAUGUAGCUGGUAUCAUAGCGGACUAUGCCGCUUCUCUCCUUCCCCCCGGUCGCUUGACGCGGCGUAUGUCCUUGCUCUCUGUGGUGUCCACGGCCAGCGAGACUAGCGAGCCAGAGCUGGGCCCUCCAGCUAGCGCCGCUGUCGACAAUAUGAGUGCUAGCUCCAGCUCUGUCGACAGCGACCCUGAGACCACGGAGAGAGAGUUGCUCACCAAGCUCCCGGGGGCUUUAUUCAACAUGAACCAGCUAUUAGCCAAUGAGAUCAAACUUCUUGUGGAAUGAUGCCACGUGUAAAUACAUGACCAACAACACUCUUGUAAAUUUUUUUUUAAACCAACUUGCAAUGCUGUUUUUCAGAGAAGCUCAGGGAGAUGAGGAGAGUGGAGGGGGAGGGAGGGAGGAAUUAGAUAAGAGUGAGAUUAAAAGUCACAUAUUCUCUGAUUGCUGCUCUUACUUUUUAAUCCUGCAGAGCAUAUGAUUGAUUUAAUUUUGGCAGCCAAUCUCUAGUCAGUGAUAACUAGUUCAAACCCAAAUGAGGAUUUUAUUUAUGUGCAGCUGUGGUCCCAAGCUUAUUGCAGAACAUGUGUAUUCAUGGGGAGAUAUUACAGCGCAAUUCACACUUUUUUGGAUUUAGAAUGCUAUCUUGCAAUUCUCCAAAAGUAUCUGUGAACUAAUGCAGCUGUGAAGUUUCUCCUUCCUCUUUAAGAACUUGAUCUUGUGAAUUGCUUGAGUGCCUUUAGCUUCUAAGAGAGCUGAGGGUGUUGAAGGCCUGAUCUUUCAAAGGUGCUGAGCAUCUGCAGUUCUCAUUCACAUGAAUGGGAGCUGUGAAAAGUUCAGCAUCUCUUAAAAUCAGCCCAUUAUGACCUUACAGGAUCUGGCCUUAAGUGAUGGGGUAGGGACAGGAAACUUGAGCUUUCAGCAUAAACCUGCGACUUCUGCCAUCUCAGUAUUAACUGGCAGCUGUGUGUCCAUAUUUGUUUUUUAGGGGAUUUUUGUUAAAUCUGUUGGGUUUUUUAUCAUUUUAAAUCCUGGCUGCAAGGCAGGUGGGUAGAGGAAUCAGUCAUGUACUCAUUCAUGGCAGAAGUGGCAUGUUUUAACUAUUUUUGCACGAUUGGAGGAGAUAAACAGCAUUGUAAUGUUCGGUGUACAAAAUAAUGUUUAUCCAAUGUGAAAAAGAAUUACACUAGUUUAAAACAAAUGUGCAUUGACUUGUAUUUGUUAGUGUUUUAGUCUUUUUGAGAGAUAAUCUGUUAAUGUUCCAUUUUUUUUAAUACAUGCUAGUCCAACACACCGUUCUCUAUGCUUGCAUCUUUAACAGUGGCCAAAGUGAAAACAUCACAACUUAUUUAACAAAACACUGACUUGAAGCCUGUAAAUCAUUAUUUUAUUUUUGUCAUUUUGGGGGGGGGAAAUGUGGUAGGGUGUGGAGGAGGGAAAAGGUUGGUGGAAACCUCAAGGAUAAAGCUGAAGUUCAUUUAUUACCACUAAUACUAGGCUUGUAUUUUCCAUAUUGAAAAAUGUCUGAACUCUUUUUUGUCAGCUGAGCUCCAAAGCAUGGAUCCAGGGGAAAAAUACACGGUUCUUGGCUUUGGGAAAUUGUGCAGAAGAUUUAAAAAAAAAAAAAAAAAGGCCCAGCUAGAAUAAAAAUAUAAAAGGCCACAAGCAGUGAAUAGAUGGAUCCUGGAUCCUGUGUAUGUGUGUGUGCUUUGCUUUAUUCCUUUUUGGUUUUUGGGCUAUUCAGUUUCAUUUUUUCGGCUGACUGAUUUUCUUUCUUCAGUCCUUCUGGCUGUGCAAUUUCUCAUUCAACUUGAGCAGUUUUGGGAAACUAAGAACCAAAACAGCAGUGUUAGGUCCAAUUUUAAGUCCUCACCUUCCUCCUCCUCACCCCCUGCUUGUUCCUUCCCCUCCUUCUGGGUUCAUAAAGCACCACAGAUAGGUUGAGAGAUGCGCCUCUUUUUAGGGGGGGGGAAAAAAGUAAAACAUUCACAACUGAAAAAUGGUUUUGUGAAAAGAGGGUUUGGAGGGUGGGUUUGUGUGUGUGCAAUGCUGCUGUUAUCUGGAUACUUUAAAGGAGCAUGUCCCAUAUAUCCUCUGAGGCUCUGCGCUUCCCACCUCUGUGGCCCCUUCUCACCUCUCCGCUGCUCUGCUGCUUUACCGUCACUCGAAUUAAGCAAACACAGCUCAUGGACACUACGGAGAGAGACUUCAAGAGGCAAUAAACAGAACAGUAUUAACCUGCUUUCAUGGAGGUUUGAUCAUGCUUAUUUGUACAGUUUUUUUAAUUUUAAAAAGGAAUGUAAUAAAAUGAGGGGGUUUUGUAGAAUUAAAUAUUAUUAUUAAAAACAAGUGAAAGGUU